UCACAAACAGGGCUGUUGUGACUCUCCAACCCAACUGGUCUGAGAUAUACUCAGGAGAGACGAUCACUCUGAGAUGUGAGAUCAAAGACGGAGGAGACACUGAGUGGGAGUACGAGUGGGAAACAUCCAGCUCAUACAAACCUCUAAAACAAAGUGAAUCCUGGGAAAUCAGAGCCACCGUUAAUAAUCGUGGGAGCUACAGGUGUAAACGCAAAAUGGCUCUGUAUUCCUCAACAGAGUGGAGUGAUCCCUUCACACUGACACCGUCGGCAAAGAGACCAAAGGCUGAACUGAGAGCUGACAGGAGAGACUUUCCAGCAGGGGGCAGUGUGACCCUGAGCUGCUCUGUGAACCCGUCAUCUGGUUGGAAAUACUUCUGGUACAGAGGAGAGAAAACCUCUGAACCCCUGAACACACAAGAUGCUGUCUUCAUCUCAGAUGGACAAAUCAGUGUCUCACAGGGAGGACUCUACUGGUGCAGAGGAGGAAGAGGAGACCCAGUUUACUACACAGAGGACAGUGAUCCAGUCAGCAUCAACAAAAUUA